CAAUCCUCCAAAGCAGACUAACUUCAAUAUAUGACUCUACUACUUUUAGCAAACAAACAGCAGGUAUGAAGACUGUAUUUUUUAAUCAAGGUUAUUAUUUCUAAUAUAUAUAAUUUUUAGUUUGAUAUUUUAACAUUAAAUAUGAGAUAAAGGUAAACAGAAAUGUUAAGAUAUUUUUUCUACAAAAUGUACUUAGCACAUACUCUCCUGUUGUGUCAUUUGCCAUUUUUGUCAUUUGCCAUUCACAAAACCCAUCUAUGUGUAGAAUAACCAUUUUUGUUGAUAUUGUGCUUAUUCAGUAAGUCACUGAAAACGUUUUAAAUUGGUGACAUAACAAAACUUUGAUUUUUUUUUCCUGACAGGAUAUCAUGGUAAACAUGCAAAAUCCGGAUUACAAAAUAGUAAUUAUGUCACUCUGCAUCGCGCACGUGCUAGUGCUCUGUGAAGGGCGACCCCUAAGGUAAUUUACCAGUCCUACCACCUCUCAAAGCACAAUAAUGAUUUUUCUCACCAAGGUGCAAUGCUGUAUUUUGCCCUUAUUAUAAUUUGUCUGUGCAGCUUCUCGUCAGUGUUAAUUUGAAAAAUAUAUGUGUACAGGAAAAGGACAGUGAGCGAGGUCCAGCUAAUGCACAACCUCGGGGAGCACAAGCAGGUGCAGGAGCGCCGGGAAUGGCUGCAGAUGAGACUCCGAGGCAUCAAUACCGCCCCGGGCCGGAGCAGCAGCGGGGAGGCAGGCCGGCUCAGGUGGAGACUGCGUCCCGCGGAGAUAACCGACCUGAGCCACCUGUCACCAGAGGAGAUCCAGUACGCCUUGAAGCUCUUGGACAAAAUCCUCAAGUCAAAACAUUCAUAACGUGGACAGGCCCAGAGAUAUCAGAAACAAUAUGUCCAACUUCACGAUUUGUUUUUUUAAUGUUAAAACCUAACUGUGGUAUGUCUUCGUUACUGGAACGUAUUUUAACAACUUUUACGUUACCGUUUCUUUAUUUAUUUCUAUUUAUGGAAUUUGUUAUUCAUGUUUGACAACCGAUCAUGGGAACGAGGCUAAGACGAAGUUUGGGGAAUUUCCACUUGUAUUUGGUCUUGUAGCUGAUGUAACAGGUGGCGUUGUUAGACUAAGAUUUAAGUUAAGACUUGUGCAGUUUCCUGCUUAAACCAUGCCGUCUAUGGCUUCAACACACUGAUAUGGAGACUUGGACCAACUAUGUUCUACUUUAUAAUUUUUAGGUUCUAUUUUGCACUUUCCUGACAUUGUCGGGCAUGAUAUACUUAUACUUAUUUAAUUUAAUUUAAAUUGAGACUGUAUUUUUGUCAUAGAUGUUUAAAAUUUGUCUGUAAACGUUGAGUUACGUUGAGUUACGUUUCGACAUAGUACCGUGUAUAUACACUGCGACGACAUAGAAAUAUGCUAUCUUUUCUACUUUUAUAUUUGUUUAUCCAGCCUUGAAACAAAAGACUGAUUUCCUUGAAGGCGUGAAACUGUGUUUACAUAUUUUGUAAUAAAAUCAUG